GGAGCAUAUGGCGGGACUGUCAGUCGCAGCGUGACGCGGGGCCUGCCGGGAAAGAGGAGGUCGGCCGCCAUGCCAUACGCGAACCAGCCGACGGUCCGGAUCACGGAGCUGACGGACGAGAAUGUUAAAUUCGUCGUGGAGAACACGGAGCUGUCGGUGGCGAACGCUCUGCGUCGGGUUCUGAUGGCUGAAGUGGCCACGCUGGCUAUUGACUGGGUGCAGAUUGAUGCCAACUCUUCAGUUCUCCACGAUGAGUUUAUCGCUCACAGAAUUGGGUUAAUUCCUCUGACGAGUGACGACAUUGUGGAUAAGAUGCAGUAUUCAAGGGAUUGUACGUGUGAUGAGUUCUGCCCAGAAUGUUCUGUGGAGCUGACCCUAGAUGUCAAGUGCAAUGAAGAUCAGACACGACAUGUCACCUCCAGGGACCUACUAUCGAACAAUUCUCGGGUUAUCCCAGUCACCUCCCGGAGCCGAGACAACGAUCCCAAUGACUAUGUGGAACAAGAUGACAUCCUGAUUGUGAAGCUACGGAAAGGCCAGGAACUCCGUCUCCGUGCUUAUGCUAAGAAAGGCUUUGGAAAAGAGCAUGCCAAGUGGAACCCGACGGCUGGGGUGUCCUUCGAGUACGACCCUGACAAUGCCCUGCGACACACUGUCUACCCCAAGCCUGAGGAGUGGCCGAAGAGUGAGUACUCAGAGCUGGAUGACGAAGAGAUUCAGGCGCCAUACGACCCCAAUGGUAAACCGGAAAGAUUUUUCUUCAACGUGGAAUCUUCUGGAGCACUGCGGCCAGAAACCAUCGUGUUGUCUGCCCUGUCCGGUCUGAAGAAGAAGCUGAGUGACCUGCAGACCAUGCUGAGCCAUGAGAUCCAGAGUGAUGUACUUACCAUCAAUUAGCUAACCUAGGGCAGUCCCCACAACCCCGCCGCAAGCAGCAACAACCAGACUCUUUCCCCCCACUACUUUGUUCAUUUUCAAACAUCAAUAAAACUGAACUUUUCUUA